AUGUUAUUUUUCACGUUCUUCAACAUUUAUCAUUAUUUUAUGGGAGUUCUUGGUGUUUUUUUGAAUUUGUUACUUUUACUGGUAUCAAUUUUCUUUUCACCAUUGCAAAUUAAAAAAUAUCGGAUAUUAAUUGUGAACUUUGCAAUUGCUGACAUGGGGGCGGCAUUUUUCACUCUUUUUGUUGAGCAAAGAAUAAUUCCAAUCGGAAAAUCAAUGAUUCAUGUGUCAUACGGAUUUUGUCAUUUGAUAUCAAAACUUGCUUGUUAUGCCGGAUAUUCAAUAUUUCUUCAUUUUUUCAUGCAUUCAAUGUGGUCCCUUCUAAUCUCUUUCACAUAUCGAUAUUAUAUUUUGGAAUAUGGAACACCUUCAAAAUAUCAAAUAAUUGCUGCGAUCUUCUUUUUCUAUAUUCCAUCUUUUUGCCAAGCUGUUAGUUUUAUUUUCUCAGAAGGUGAUGAGAAUGAAAUGAUGACACUACUUCAACAGAAUUUUCCAAAUUAUACAUUUGAUAAAACAAUGGUAACUGGCAAUCCAGAUAUGCUUGCUCCAGCUUCUCUAUUCACAAUUUUGCAUAUGACUGUUCCUAUUUUUCCGAUUUAUCAUAUAAUUCUCACUAUGCGUUCAAAAAUAAUAAAGAAGUUAGAAACCACUACACAACAUCUCCGUAAAGAAACUCGAAACCUUCAUAAACAACUUCUGAAAGCCUUGACAUAUCAAGCAUUUCUCCCUCUAUUUUUUGUGAUCAGCGUUAUUAUAUUCUUUGUUCAACUUCUCGGUUUUUAUUCCAAUCCAGUUUUAGAAUGUUUGAUUUUCUCAAUCCCUGCAUUUAUCCCAGUUUGUUCUGCAUUGAUCUCAAUUACUCAUAUCAAACCAUAUCGGGAUAUUAUUAUCAGGUGGAUUUUGAUUAUUUUCCGAAGAAAAGUUGCAACAAAGCAAGAAAUGUUUACAGUAUCAUUUUCGUUGGGCAAAAAAUCAACAGUAAAUAGACAAUCAGUUAUUGCAGAUUUUUGA